AGACCUGGGAGCCCGAUCUUAAAGAAAUAACAUGACGGUGGUUUGAUGGUUCUCCCCCUCUCAUCUUUUGUCCAGCAGCCUUGUUUAUGAGAAGUCGUCCUGUGACUCAUGUCUUCCUGUGUUUCCAUUACGAAAAUGCAACGCAGAUAAAGUAGCAUGGGUUUAAAACCACCUCACAUCUCAUUCUCUCUCUGUUUCGUCUUUAGAAUGGUCAGACCAGGCUGUCCAGUCGUUCUGCUUCAUCUCUUCAGCAUCUUUGCACAUACAGGAGCCCACACUCAGGAUAUCUUGUACCCAUAUGGACCUGGCCAUAGGGAUCUAGAGACGCCCAAGAUGGACGAUGGAAGUUCUCCUGAAAUUACAUUGCUUAUCCCCUUCGUUUUCUUCAAUUUCCCCUACCGCUCCAUCUAUGUCAACAACAACGGUGUGAUCUCCUUCAACGUGCAAGUCAGCCAGUUCACACCAGAGGCUUUCCCGCUGAGCGACAGUAGAUCGUUCAUCGCUCCGCUUUGGGCAGACGUGCACAACGGCAUCCGCGGAGACGUGUACUACCGAGAGUCCACCGAACCUGAAAUACUGGAAAGGGCAACGCAAGAUGUCCGGAAGUACUUCAAAAGCAUGCCCACCUUCACAGCCAACUGGGUGUUUAUCGCAACAUGGCACCAAGUCACCUUCUAUGGAGGAAGUCAGACGACUCCGGUGAACACAUUCCAAACUGUACUAAUCUCAGAUGGCGUGGUGUGCUUCUCUAUGUUCAACUACGGGGAAAUCACAUGGAGCACGGGAACAGCCAGUGGUGGCGACCCUUUAACGGGACUGGGUGGGACAACGGCGCAGUCAGGUUUUAAUGGUGGAGAUAUUGGUCAUUUCUUCAACCUGCCAGGAUCACGCUCAAAUGACGUAGUGAACAUUGAACAGACGACGAAUGUAAAUGUCCCCGGGCGAUGGUUAUUCCGCGUAGACACUGAACUUAUAGAUCCUGCAAAUGGCUGCAGCUACAAUGGGCGUUUCUAUAGACGAGGGGAAAUCUUCUGGCUCUCAGACCAGUGUUCACAGCGAUGCCGCUGCCUCGACGCCAAUAACGAGGUGCAGUGUCUCCAGGCUCCAUGCGGUCAGCUCGAGACCUGCGAGCAACAGGAAGGAGCCUUCUACUGCCAACCCACUCGCACCAGCACCUGUGUGGUAUUUGGGGACCCCCAUUACCACACCUUCGAUGGCUUCCUCUAUCACUUCCAGGGCACCUGCUCCUACCUGCUGGCUCGGCCCUGCUGGGACAUGCCGGGGCUGCCCUUCUUCAGUGUGGAGGCCAAAAAUGAAAACCGGGGGGUCACCUCUGUCUCUUGGCUUAGAGACGUCACGGUGGAGGUGUAUGGUCACCGAGUCAUGUUACCCAAAGGCAGUUUGGGAACAGCCCAGGUGGAUGGCUUGAUGAAGACUUUACCAGUCCAGCUCGAACUUGGUGCUAUCAGAGUUUACCAGUCUGGGGUUGCUGUUGCUUUAGAAACAGACUUUGGGCUCUUGGUGACCUAUGAUGGCCAACACUAUGCGUCCAUCUCCCUACCGAGCUCCUAUUUCAACAACACCUGCGGCCUUUGUGGUAACUAUAACGAUGACCCUGCGGAUGAUCCUGUACUACCUGACGGCUCUCUAGCAGAAAGUGUGGUCGAGCUGGGAGGAAGCUGGCGGGCAGAAGACCCAGACUGGAGGUGUACGGAUGGAUGUGCGCAGAACUGCAGCACGUGCGACCCAGUAACGGAAGCUUUCUACUUUCGCUCAGACUAUUGUGGGCUCAUCAACAAAACCGACGGACCUUUUAGGGACUGCAGAGCUGUGGUGGAUCCUACAGCCUUUGUGUAUAGCUGUGUAUAUGACAUGUGCAGCAACAGGGAUAACAUCACCACACUAUGCCAGGCUAUCCAGGCCUAUGCACUGGCCUGUCAGGCCCUUGGAGUCACAAUACGACCCUGGAGAUCUCGCACCUUCUGUGCUUUGUCAUGUCCGGCGAACAGUCAUUACCAGGUGUGCACAAGUGCCUGUCCAGCUUCCUGCUCAGACCUCACUGCUCCGCUGUACUGUGCUCAUCCAUGCACCGAGGGCUGCCAGUGCGACCAGGGUUAUGUUUUGAGUGGCAGUCGCUGCGUACAGCGCGAAGACUGCGGAUGUGAGCACAACGGCCUCUACUACCCUCUCAAUGCCACGUUCUGGGCUGGUCCCAGUGGUGAAGAGGGCGAAUGCACCCUCCGCUGCACCUGCGGGCCUGCUGGGGAGGUCUCUUGUUUCAAUGAGACCUGUAAGGAAGGCGAGGUGUGUGUGGCUGAGGUGGGCUUGUUGGGUUGCUACCCUCGGAGGGAAGGUGUGUGCUCAGUCACCCAGAACUCGGUGACAUCCUCUUUUGAUGGCACCUUCCUGCUAUUCCCAGAUGACAGCUCUUACUACCUACUGAAGCUGUGUGGUCCCGUGCCGGCUAACGGCUCAUUGGUUGAGGUGAAGAUAGGCAGGCGCCUGGUGAACAAAGGCCCUACUUGGAAAAGACCUGUUGUAGUUGCAGUGGCUAACGUGGAGGCUCAAAUGGGAGGGGUGGAUUUUGAUACAGUGAAGGUAAAUGGUGAACCAGUGGUGCUCCCAUAUGUUCACCCUAUGGAGACGAUAAUGAUCUACCGAGCACCAGGCAAUGCUACAGUGGUGGAGUCCCGUGGUCUGCUUCGUGUCCACUACACACACCAAGGAUCCCUCAACAUCUCCCUUUCAACCCUCUUCUACAACGUUACAUGUGGUCUCUGCGGCGUGUUUAAUAGCAACACCACUGAUGACCUCCGUCUACCCAAUGGACGCCUUGCAGACUCCACUGAACAGUUCACAGAGGGUUGGCGGGCCAUUGCCGAUGAUCUCACCUGCAACGGGGACUGUGACGACCUGUAUCGCAUGUGCACAGACUUGCGUCUUUACCAGAGUCCUUGGAUGUGUGGCAACAUCAACGACCCGGGGAAUAGUUCCUUCCUGGCGUGCCAUGCAGUGGUCAACCCCUCGCCGUUCUUCAGGAACUGCUUGUAUAACAUGUGCGUAAGGGAAGGGAACCGUUCAGCCUUGUGUUCCUCACUGCAGGCUUACGCUUCGGCCUGCCAGGAUGCUCAAGUAGGCCUCGCUUCCUGGAGGAGUGCAACCAACUGCCCUCUCCCCUGCCCGGAGAACAGUCAUUUCGAUGAAUGCACUAGCGCCUGCCCUCUGACCUGUGCCAACUUAGACGAACCCGAAGAGCCGUGUCCUUUGCCGUGUCAAGAAGGGUGCCAGUGCGAGGACGGCUUUGCGCUGCGGGAUGGCCUCUGUGUGUCACGCAGUGAUUGCGGCUGCAUGGGCCACGGGCGCCAGUUGGCCACUAAUCAGACUUUCUGGACGGACUGGGAAUGCCAGGAGCGCUGCUACUGCAAUGGCUCUGACAACAGCGUUUACUGUCACCUCUCACCCUGUCAGUCUGAGGAGUACUGCCAGGAGAACGACGGCCUGUAUUUCUGCCAGCCGCGCACUGAGGCCCUGUGUGUGGCGGCCGGUUAUGGACAUUUUCUGCCGUUUGGCGGCGUACCGUUCGAGCUGCAGAGCUCUUGCACCCUUAGGAUGGCCACAACCAGCUGUGGGGGUGAGAGCACGGAGCAUGCUGCCAUCAGUGGAGCUUUUCCUCCAUUUAAAAUUGCGGCUCGUAAUGAGGAAAGAGACACGGGCCAGGCAAUUUGGGUGAGGGGCUUUGUGCUGGAGGUCUACGACUAUGAAAUUGAAGUGUCUCGAAGCUACAAAAACACGGUCACGGUGAAUAAGGAGCGAUUGUACCUUCCGCUGAAGCUCGGCCCGGGAAAGGUCAACAUCUUCACCUUGGGCAUGCAGUUCAUCCUGGAGACAGACUUCGGCCUGAAGGUGGCCUUCGACUGGAACACCCUCCUGCUCCUGACUUUACCCCGCGACCUCUACAACGCCACCUGCGGCCUCUGUCAGGGCGUGCCGUUAUACCCACCCACCCUCACCACCACCGACUGGGGCAUGACCUGGGCAGAGAGGGACACGUUCUGCCAGGUGGGCUGCGGAGACUCCUGCCCCCGCUGUGGCCUGGGGGAGAAGAGCGCCCUAAGUGACGGCCCUCUCAUGGUGGCCGAUGCCAACGCGGACGCUGGCACCGACAACGCCGUCGGUGAAGUCAACACGGGCAUACGUUUCCACAUCGGAGAUGGGCUGUAUGUGUUUGUGGAGCCUGAGGCAGUCAGGCUGUGCGGGUUAAUCGUGGAUCGGGGAGGUUUGUUUGCACGCUGUCACAGCAAGGUGGCGCCGGCGUUCUUUUACCAAAGCUGCCUGCAGGACACCUGUUUGGAUCAGGGAGCUCAGGAUACAAUCUGUAACUGGCUGCAGAUCUAUGCCAGCACCUGUCUGACCCAGGGAGUUCCUGUUACCGGCUGGAGGAGUGACACGCCUUGUGUCCCCAGCUGCCCGCCUAACAGCCAUUACUCCAGUUGCAUGACGGUCUGCCCGCCUCAGUGCGCCCCAGCCCGCGGCCAGAGGGACUGCAGCCAGGACUGUGUGGAGGGCUGCCAGUGUGACCAGGGCUACGUGCUCAAUGGCAAGAACUGCAUCCUGCCUCAGAACUGCGGCUGCUAUACUGAUGGCAAGUACUACGAGCCUAAGCAGCUGUUUUGGAACAGCGACUGUACCAAACGUUGCCAGUGCAUCGGGCGAAACCUGAUUCAGUGCGACCCAAGGCGCUGUAAAGCGGAGGAGGAGUGCACCCUGAGGUUCGGAGUGCGAGGCUGCUUCGCCCGACGUUCCCAGCACUGCGUGGCGUCGGGAGGUGGAGUGUUCAGGACGUUUGAUGGGGCGUCCCUGCGCCUGCCGGCCUCCUGCUCCUUCGUCUUAUCCACAAACUGUCACAAGCUGCCAGACCUCUCCUUCCAGCUCAUCGCCAACUUUGAUAAAUGGAGCACGCCCAACCUCACCACCAUCUCCCAUGUCUACCUUUACAUAAAUGAAGAGAAUAUACUCAUCUCCGGGAGCACUGUCAAGGUCAAUGGUACUCCGGUAUCGGUACCAUUCCUAACAGGGCUGAUGACCCGUCUGACCACGUCCGAAGGUUUCAUCGUCAUCGAUACGCCCCAAGACAUCCAGGUCCGCUACAAUCGCUUCAACACCCUUAGCAUCACAAUGGGCCAGCGACUUCAGAACAAGGUGUGUGGCCUUUGUGGGAAUUUCAACGGGGACCCCAGUGAUGACUACAUCACCUCCAGGGGCAAGCCGGCUGUCAGCGCCCUGGAGCUGGCCCAGAGCUGGAAGACCAAUGGCAUGCAGAACAGUUGUGACGAGACCCAGUAUGUGGCUCUGGCCCAGUCCUGUGACAACACGGCCGUCCUGGCUCUUCAGGGUGAGGACGCCUGUCAGAAGCUGACACAGCUGAAGGGCUUCUUCCAGCCAUGCCACGGCCUGUUGGAUCCCCGGCCCUUCUACCAGUCCUGCUACUUGGACGGCUGCUAUAAUCAUCGCAAGGCUCAGGUCUGCGGAUCGCUGGCAGCCUACGCAGAGGCUUGCCGGUCCAUGGGCACCCUCACCACCAAGUGGAUCACCCAAGAAAACUGCUCAGAAUGGAUCUAUGACCCCUGUGCAGGAGAGAUCUGCACAAACUUCACCUGUGAGCUGGAGAAUGGAGGCGACCUGUGCGGCUGUCCAGAGUUACCCACCAGCAACGGAGGUGAGGACGAUAUCAUCCAGGCAGAGGUGACCUGUAAGCAUGCCAAGAUGGAGGUUUCCAUCUCUAAGUGUAAACUCUUCCAGCUGGGCUUUGAGCGAGAAGACGUCAGGAUCAAUGACGAGCGCUGUUCUGGCAUCGAGGGAGAGGACUUCAUCUCCUUCCACAUCAACAACACCAAGGGACACUGUGGCUCAAUUGUACAGUCGAAUGGCACACACAUCAUGUACAAGAACACUGUGUGGAUAGAGAGCGUGAACAACACUGGGAACGUCAUCACCAGAGACAAGACCAUCAACGUUGAGUUUUCCUGCGCCUACGAGCUGGAUCUGAAGAUCUCUCUGGAGACAGUCCUCAAGCCCAUGCUCAGUGUCAUUAACCUCACCUUGCCGACCCAGGAAGGGAACUUCAUUACCAAGAUGGCUCUGUAUAAGAACUCCUCGUACCGCCACCCAUACAGGGAGGGGGAGGUGGUGCUCAGCACUCGGGACGUCCUCUUCGUCGGCGUCUUUGUGGAGGGGGCGGAUGAAAACCAGCUCAUCCUCAUCGUAAACAUGUGCUGGGCCACGCCGUCCCGCUACAGCAGCGACCGACUCCGAUACAUCAUCAUAGAGAGAGGGUGCCCAAACAUUAAGGACAACACCAUCGGCAUGGCGGAGAACGGCGUUUCCCUCACCUGCCGCUUCCACGUCACUGUCUUUAAGUUCAUCGGGGAUUACGACGAGGUCCACCUGCACUGCGACGUCUCCCUGUGCGACUCUGAAACAAACGCCUGCAAAGUGAACUGUCCGCACAAGAGGAGAAUGUACUCGGAGGACAGUGACCAUAAAGAGCACAUACUCAGCGUGGGACCCAUAAGGAAGAGAGAGGCCGACUGGUGCGGGGAGGCCAACGGAGGCUGUGAGCAGAUCUGCACCAGUAAGGGAACUGGGCCCGUCUGCAGUUGUGUGACGGGGAUGCUGCAACGAGACGGGAAAAGCUGUCGGACUGUGAGCUCCAGUCGUCACCUCAACCCUGCGGUUCCUCUGCUGAGCGCCAGCGCUGUGAUGUCCGUGCUCCUGCCCCGUGUUCACACUCUCCUCCUGUCCUAACGUCCUGCCCCGCAACCCCCCCUGCCCACCCACCUUCCCGCUGCAGGACGGCAUACACAUUCUGUCAGACACAGAAAAAGACUUGAAGAUGCGCAGAGCAUCGCCGUUGAUUAGCCAGUAGAUCAGCUGUGUUCCAGUCAGACAAUAUAGACAGAAUACACUGUACAUUGACAAAUUAUUGAAUCCACAUAUCACUGAUGCAGUCUGAAGGUAAGUCAGCUUUUUAUAGACACGGGGACGGUCGGUCACUUUCGUCGCUUUCACCAUUAUUUACAUCUAUCACCUUGUCGCCACUGUGCGUAGAGUUUAUCGUGUGAUUAGAAUUUUUUUUCCUAAUGGUUCAAAAGUGGUGCAAACUGUUUAUAAUUUUUUUUCUUUGUAGAAAAUGAAUGUGUUUCUGAUUCUACCACCAGAUGUCGCCAAAGAAAGACCAUUUCCAGUCACACUGAGUUGAAGUAAGGUGAUUAAAAUCACACAGUGACUGUUAAGAGAAAGAGAAAUCAGUGAGUUUACACCGAACCUAAACCACUACUAGUUAUAGCGAAGAGCUGAACAUAAUUAAAGGAAUCAUGGUUAUGGAUUAAUGGAAGUCAAUAUACAAUAUGCAGUGCAGGUUGGUAGACUAGAAAUCACUUGAAUUGAUUCACAGAAACUUCUCUGCAACCUUUUUUUUUAUGUAUUUGUACAACUUUCUGAUCAGUUUCUUUAAUUUUAAAACAUGUCCUGCAAGUAUUUUGUGCUUUGAAUCACUGCAUUAAAGUUUCUCGAUUUCAAAAUUAGGUUAAUGGUCGGACCAAUAAACCUGUUAUACUUAAAUGACAGUUAAAAGAUAUGGAAGUUAAUAUUUGUCAGAUUAACUUGUAAUGAAGACAGGGAUCUCAUCCAGCUCUGAUAGCAGCAGAUUAUCAUGUACCUGCAUUAGAGACGGUUAACUGAAACUAUUUAAACAACGUAAACUGUAAAGUCGACCUAUAUUUGUCCACAGUUACACAACAUCUAGAUUCAGCCACCGGCUGUGAUGAUGGUGCUUCUGUAUGUGAUUUAUGUUCAUUUGCAGGUGAAGGAUCUCCUUUGCAAAAAUUUGACGUUCAGCUUGAGAUAGUGGCAAGAUUUUAAAGUUACUGUAUUUUUCUUGAGAAAGUAGCAGAGCCUAGUUGCAUUGACACUUUGCUGAUCACAAUACAAGAUGUCAGAUUGGUAUUUCUUUAUCCAGACGAGACUCCCAGACAGUGGACCUACUCGCUGGCUUUAACCAGAGCAGAGCUGAUCCAUUGACUUAAUAUUUGACCUCCAGACUGGCUAAGCAAACAAAACCUAAACCAGCUCGUCGCAGAAAGAAGUUAUGGAUCACAUAUGCAGGAAACUGUUAGGUGACAUAUUUUGUUAAUGUGAACAGCUGGAGAGUAGAGUAUAAAUCGGAUGUGGAUUUUAUGAAUGAAGCAAGUAUUUAUGUGCGAGAGGGACACUCUUAUAUUUUAUGUGAUGAAAAUUGGGUCUCAUGCAAGAUAAAAUAUUUCAUUCCAAUCAUUUGAUCGGUCUUAAUCUUCUCAUGUGUUGUGAAAUUUUGAUGGAGUCAUGCAGAAAAAAGCAGUUUUUCCAUGGUUAGGCCUGUUUUGCUACUUUCCAUGUACAAAUGUACAGUUUGGUGGUUCAUGUCAUGACUUUUUUCUUCUUUUCAUAAUGAUAAUCAGUAUCUUUUUUUUUUAAGAAAAAAAAAUGUUUAAACAUGACCAAAAGAUGUCUGCUUAUUCUUUGAGAGCAGCGCCACACCUUCCAUGAAUAAAUGAAGAAGUUCUCAAUGACA